AUGAGCCUCUCAAACGAAAUCAGUGCAAAAUAUCCACUCCAUUAUUACGUGUGGCACAACGAUUAUAACGCAUUAGAUGGAUUGCUAGAACAUGGAAAGCAUGAUAUUGAAAUGUUGGAUCCUCACGGACGCACUCCUUUGAUGCUUGCGGUGGUAUUGGAUCAUCUAGAAUCUGCCAGAGUUCUUUUACGGCAUAAUGCAAAUGCAUCGUUUGUAUCAAAGUCUUACUGGUCUGUCGCUCAAGAAGCCAUCUCGACUGGCGAUCCCCAGCUGGUCAAAUUGAUCCUUGUACAUCGUGAUGCCCAGAUAGUCCGUCAUCAGGGUAUGAUUGUCACGGAGCUUCUGCGCAAACUGAGAGAGACCCCGGAUUUCUAUAUUGAGAUGAAAUGGGAGUUUACAAGUUGGCUACCCCUCGUUUCUCGCAUGUGUCCAAGCGACGUCUGCCGCGUGUGGAAGUGUGGUCCGAAUGUUCGAAUAGAUACCAAUCUCAUCGGCUUCAACGGUUCCGCCUCCUGGAUUCGCGGUCACUUGAGCUACAUUUUCAGAGUCGGCGAGAGGGAGGCGUUUAUGGACGAGGUGAACCACACAGAAAGGACCAUAUAUCGACACAAUAUUCCUCUCACAAACGCCGAAGGUCAGACUUUUGGUGCAGGGGCUGCGGCUGCAGCUGCCGCCCAGCUGUUUGUACGCGAACCAUCGGACUCCUUAAUCGCAAGCAAACUGACGCAACCCAUCUUCGUGACUUAUUUGGAUACCGACAAAAUUGAAUUCGAAAAGAGCAAAUCAGGUGUUUGGGGUUGGCGGACGGACAGGAAAGAAGACGUGGGCGGUUACACUUGUCAAGUCUACUGCGCCUCUAAUGUUCAAAUCGUCACGCUACGCCGUACCGAACACUUAACGGAAGAAAAUUUGCGUGAUCUCCACCGUCGGUCAGAUGAAUCUGGAACCGAUCGUAGCAGUUCAGUUGGUGGCCCCACCGACAUCGCAUUCCCCGGGGCAGGUCGUGGCAAUCUGCUCACCAAUUUGCUGCAGACGGCCGCAACCGAGUCCAGAGACGUGCCCACUUUGGACGUGUCGCAUGAGGCGGCCAGCUACAACCCAAGUGACAUUACGGUCGAACAGUAUUUCAAUCUAGACAAGGCAUUCAAUUUGGGAUUGGAUAUUGGUCGUCCGAAGUCUAUGACCACCAAGGUCAAAACUUUCAAAGCACGCUUAUGGCUUUGUCGGAACUUUCCGCUAUCCUUGAAGGAUCAAGUAAUCCCUAUAGUUGAUCUGAUGUCCGAAUACAAUCCCUACUUCCACAAAUUGAAAGAAUUCUUAACCAAACAGUUGCCUACUGGUUUUCCUCUAAAAAUCGAGAUUCCUCUUUAUCACGUUCUGAAUACAUGUGUUUCGUUCAGCAACAUCAAUGGACAAGAGACUAGUGUGUACGGAGUGACUACGGUGCCCUUGAAUAACGCAGCGCCCACCUCCAAGGCGCCAAAGACUUCGCAUAGUGGUUCUGGAGACCUUACAAACGAACCCCUCAUGGACUCUGCUGCUGAUCACAAACAUGGGCCCGAUGGUCAUCACAUCGAAGCACUCAAAUGUGUGGUGGAUGAGAGCGUAUUCGACGUUGGUAAAGGUUACCACGUAAUCGUGGAGAACUCCCCUGGCCACUAUGGAGCCUUGGACGAGGAGGAGCAGAUGGUCCAGAUGGCUGUGCAACGCAGCCUAGUUGAAUACGGAUCUGCUGAAAAUUUGAUGCAUCGUGAUUACUCCUUACGUAAACGAAGCAUCAUCGAAGCAAGAGCAGACGAAUAUGUGGAGCCUGAGGAAGCCUGGUUGCAACAAGCAAUCGCCGCUAGCCUCAGUCUUGACGGUGCGGAGAUACCUGUGACCAGUGCUGAUGAUGCUUACUUAAAGGUUUUAGAGGAGUCUCGCUUAGAACAGGAACGGGAGGAACGGCGUCGCAGACAGGAGGAUGAAGAAUUGGCUCGUGUUCUAGAAUUGUCUACUCGUGAGAAGUAAAUGGAGAUGCAGCUUACUCCUUCAGCCUUCUGCAUGCUUGGCUCUUACUGAUUAGUUCAUUUAAAAAAAUUGUAUCCCGCGCAGAGCUCACUCUUUGGCUUAUCUACAAUUUUGGGCCGCCACAGUCACGAUGUUAGUCCUUCGCCCUGG